AGGUUUAGGGUUAUUGUCAGGGUUAGGGCAUAGAAAGGGUUGAAAAUGACUGAAAAUCAAUGGGAGUCAACAGAUGGUCCUCACUACAUAUAGCAAAACAAGAGAGUGUGUGUGUGCGUGUGUAUCAGCUUUACAAAGUCUGCCUUUAAUCUCUGGAUGAUCUCAAGAUUAACUGUUGUCUGUAUGUUAAACCACUCACUGCUCAUUAUGUUGCUUAUUAACCUGAUGACUCCUUCUCUCUUGGAGAUGCAGGAAACAUCAUUUCUAAGUAGUUGAUCCUGAUUUACUGGCCAUGAUGAGAAGCUUACCACCCUGAGAGCAUUUAAGGCUGUAAACGUGAUUUUUUUCCCCAUUGAUCAGCAAAAGUUUUUUGAUGAUUGCCAAUUGAAAUUGAAUUGUUAUUUUUUUAACUGAUUAAAAGUUUCAGAGGUUAAAAUAAAAGGUUAAAAAUAUAUUUUAUUUUACUACCUUAGAAAACAAAGAAAGUGGUGAAUAUUAGCCUUCACGCCUCCUAAUCCCCUCCGUUCUGUUUUACCACAGGCUUUUAGUUUGAGGAUUAUUAUCCCACAAAAAAAAACAGAAUGUUUCUUUGAUUUUGAAUUUAUUUAAACAAUUUUUUCCUCAUUGUUAUUUUCUUAUAUAUCAUUUUUAAAUUGUGUUUGGAUUUGUUUUUUCAUUUAAAGGGGCCAAAUCAGUUAGCAAAUACAAGUACAUAUUCUCAAAAAAGAUGCAACAUAAAUUUCAUUUGAGGUUGGUUUAUGUUUGAAACUUUGACCUCUCUCCAACUUCCACCCAACAAUUCAGCUGAAUCUGAUUCUGCUUUUAAGAAUUUCCACACCCGUCCUGAGUGGAAAUUUCUUCCCUGAAGAAAAUCUUAACUAACCAUGUUUUUACGGCAUGGCUGUUGCCGUAGGGGAGAUGCAGACGGUUUGGGGUGAGUCUAUUAUCUGUUGCAGAGGCAGGAAGGAGGAGGGUGCUGGAGGAGAGGUGGGGGUCCUUCCCAGACUCACUGGAGCCUUGCUGUAACAGCCUCAUUGAGACUGAAUGGGACAUCUUAAUUACUCCAGUUGUGAAAACUGAAGGAACAUGCUUUGAUCUUCAGGUUGGGACAUCUACUAUAAAUACGGCCUGCUUGGAGAAACAAUCAUAAGUCUGUGACCUUUGCAAGUAACCAUCCUGAGAAGAACAUUCCCCUGACCUAAACUCUGAGCUAAGAAGCCACAAAAGGAUUUUUUUCUUCCCAGCUUCCUGCAGAGAGAACCUUUAAUCUUCAGCAACCAUGAGGGGACAUUUCUCCAUCGAGUGGAUGGCCCAAAGCAGUAAGCCAGCAGUGUCAGGGACUUUCCCCGCUCUAGCACCCGUGCCAGCAGCUUGGGGGACGCAUUCAGAGAGUCUGCCGGGUUUUUACUGCAAGCCAAAAUCUGAAAAGCUACUAGAGCUGGAGCAGCAAUACAUCAACACUUUAAGCCAAGAAGCUCCUCAGCACCAAACAUCUCCCAGCAAUGAAGCUGCGAAUGAGGCCGGUUUCAGCAGCGGCACCGAGGAGGAGACCUCAGGGUACGAGAGUGAAGGCGGUCAGUCUCAUUCCCCGUCCACCCACACCGACAGCGCCUCCUCCACGUCCCCCGUGGGCAGGAGGCCCCGCACAGCCUUCACGGCAGAGCAGAUCAGCAGCCUGGAGAGAGCUUUCAAGAGAAACGCUUACCUGGGAACACAAGACAAGGCGGAGCUCUGCAAGAAGCUCAACCUCUCCGACAAACAGAUCAGAAACUGGUUCCAGAACAGGCGGAUGAAGCUAAAGAGGACGGUGCAGGAUGCCUUGGCUCACGCCUGCCAGGCCAAUGCUGCCUCUCAUUUCAUGCAUUAUCCUGAGCUACAUGCCUACAGGCCCGGGCCGUACCCCACAUACCACUCAGCGGCAGCAGCGGUGCUGCCAGAGGCCACAACUCCCGCAUCCUACGUUCAUCCUCCCACCUUUCAGUACAGCUCCCCUCUGUCAAACACCUCCGUUCUGCCCCUGGACCCUUUCUACCAGUACAGCAGCCUCCCAGGAGUCAUGCUGCCCACUGCCACCUCUCAUCUCAGGGGAUCCUACACACCAUACCCUCAAUACUACUGAUCACAGACACUGAAAAGAAACCUUUGGAGCAUUUUGCAUUUCUGAGACAAAAAAGGAUAUUUUUUAUAACAAAACCGUUGAUAUCAUCCUGUUAAGAUUAACGGAACCAAAUAGUUUACAAUCUCCUAAAAUUCCAACAUGAACUGGGUGGCGUGCAAUAAAAUGAACAGUGUGUGAGUGUGUGUGUAUCUCUGUGUUUGUACAGUUUUGAUCUAUUUAAAUUUACACUGAUGAAGCUGCUUAUGUAGAGUUGUGUUUUUAUGUGACUGUGAAAAUAAAUUUAAAUAAAGAAA